UAAAAUUGAUCUUUUACGCUAGCUUACGAAGUGUAAUGUUUAUUUUUCCCAGUGUCGUUACAUCAUCGGUGGAAGGAUCCAGGUGGUGUGAAGGAAAGUGUUCAUGGCGACCAACUUCAGAGAGUAUACUGGAAGCUGCGGAAGCAAAAAUUUUGCAAUUUAUCAAGACUCACUAUGAAAGCAAAUAUGUUCCUAUAGAAAAUCAGCAAAAAAUAUGGACAUUAAAAUUCAAUCCUAAUGCGACAAAGGUACCUUUGGUAAUGGUUCAUGGCUUUGGAGGAGGUGUAGGUCUCUGGGCAAUGAACAUUGAUGCUUUAGCAAAGGAAAGGACUAUUUAUGCUAUGGAUGUGUUGGGAUUUGGCCGCAGUUCACGACCUAAAAUAAGUUCCAGUCCAGAAGAAGCUGAAAAGGAAUUUGUGGACUCAAUUGAACAAUGGCGACACCAACUUGGACUGGAAAAAUUUGUUCUCUUGGGACACAGCUUUGGCGGCUUCCUGGCAAGUUCCUAUGCUCUCAGACAUCCCUCCAGAGUGCAGCAUCUUGUCCUUGUGGAUUCGUGGGGCUUUCCUGAGAAACCACCUGAUAUUGAGAAUAACUUUCCGAUGUGGGCGAGGGUGUUAAAAGCUGUUAUCAUGCCAUUUAACCCACUUGCAGGAUUGCGAGCGGCUGGUCCUUGGGGUCCAUCAUUGGUCCAGAAAUUUAGGCCCGACUUUCAAAGGAAGUAUUCUCGUCUUCUGACAGAAGAUGACACCAUUCUCAAUUACAUCUACCACUGUAAUGCUCAAAAACCCAGUGGUGAAACUGCUUUCAAGAAGAUGUCAGCUUCUUUUGGCUGGGCCAAGUUUCCCAUGAUUCACAGAAUCAGUGGAGUUGACAAAAACAUUCCUAUGACAAUGAUCCAUGGUUCAGAGUCUUGGAUUGAUGAUUCCACAAGUUACGAAACUAAAUAUCUUCGAAAUGGCAGUUAUGUGGAUGUUCAAGUCAUUCCUGAAGCAGGACACCACGUUUACGCUGAUCAGCCUGAUGCAUUCAAUUUAAUGGUAGAUAAAAUUUGUCGAAAAGAAGAUGAAAAGAUCGAUGUUGUUGUCAAUUGAG